AUGAAGCCAAAGGUUGGAAUUAAUGGAUUUGGACGUAUUGGACGUCUUGCCCUGCGUGCAGCGGUUGAGAAGGAUACUGUCCAAGUUGUUGCUGUCAAUGACCCGUUCAUUGAUCUUGACUAUAUGGUCUAUAUGUUCAACUAUGAUUCUACCCACGGACGUUUUAAGGGAAAGAUUCAGGCCAGCAAUGGAAAUUUGGUAGUUGAGAAGGAGGGAAAGUCUACUCAUACUAUCAAAGUUUUCAACUUCAAAGAACCUGAAAAGAUUGACUGGGCAGGUUCUGGAGCUGAGUUUGUCAUUGAGUCGACUGGAGUUUUUACGACUACCGAGAAAGCUUCUGCUCACUUGAAAGGCGGAGCCAAGAAGGUGGUUAUCUCCGCUCCGUCUGCUGAUGCUCCAAUUAAUGCUUCCUGCACUACUAAUUGUCUUGCUCCUCUUGCAAAGGUCAUCAAUGACGAGUUUGGCAUUAUUGAAGGUUUAAUGACUACUGUACACGCUGUUACUGCUACGCAAAAGACUGUUGAUGGCCCUAGCGGCAAGCAGUGGCGUGAUGGUCGUGGCGCAGGCCAGAAUAUUAUUCCGGCAAGUACUGGUGCUGCAAAGGCUGUUGGAAAGGUAAUUCCUGAAUUGGAUGGGAAACUUACCGGAAUGGCUUUUCGUGUGCCGACGCCAAACGUUUCUGUUGUUGAUUUGACUGCUCGUUUGGAGAAGCCAGCAACUAAGGAGGCUAUUAAGAAUGCAAUUAAGACUGCUUCGGAAGGAAAACUUAAAGGGAUUCUUGGAUAUACUGAGGACCAGGUUGUUUCUACCGACUUUCUUGGGGACACUCAUUCGUCUAUUUUCGACGCUGAGGCUCUUAUGGUUCUCAACCCGCACUUCGUUAAAUUGGUUAGCUGGUAUGACAACGAGUUUGGGUAUUCCUGCCGUAUUGUUGACUUGAUUAGCCACAUUGCUUCCAAGUCUGGUUAG